AUGACGUCGCAGCGACCGCCGAAUCACGAAUUCUCUGUGGCCAUAUUCUGUGCUCUCCCACCUGAGGCUGACUCCAUUAUCGCUGCAUUCGACGUCGAAUGGACCGGCAGAAUUGAGAAGGCAGAUGGUGACACGAACAGUUACUCAUGUGGUCGUAUUGCGGACCACAAUUGUGUCGUUGCACACCUGUCAGGGGUGGGGAAAUCAAAUGCGACUCUUGUAGCAGCUGGUGCGAGUGCAACAUUCAAAGAUAUACAAUAUGCAUUUGUCGUUGGCAUUUGUGGCGGAAUGCCAUUCGAUGAAAAAGGCAAAGAGAUCCUGCUAGGAGAUGUCAUCAUCAGUCGAGCUCUCGUUCAAUACGAUCUCGGGAAACAAUAUCCACAAGGCUUCAAAAGGAAGCAAGAGAUCGAAGAUGUGCUUCCAAGACCAAGCCAUGAAGUCCGUGCAUUGCUCGCCAAAUUGGAGACCUUGCGAGGACGUCAAGUGAUUGAGCAGAACACACUUGAACACUUGAAAGCCAUCCAAGAACAGCUACCGUCGGCGUCAUGUCCAGACCCAGAAACAGACGUCUUGUUUGACCCUUCAUAUUUUCACCAACACCGACACGUCAAAGGCCUAAGCCGGUGUCCCUUCUGCCAAAGCAAGCCUCAACAGUUCUGCCAAGAAGCGUCGACAACAGAAUGCGAGGAACUCGGGUGUAAAUUUACGAACGCGACGCGCCGACGAGCGUUGCAACCCUAUCAUGACGGCAGUACCGAAUCCUCAAGCAGAAAUCCGAGGAUCCACAUAGGAAGAAUCGGAUCUGCAGACACGGUAUUGAAGUCUGGACAAUUCCGGAAUCAACUUGCUAAGGAUGAAAAGCUCAUAGGCUUCGAGAUGGAAGGUGUCGGUAUAUGGGACGUUUUCCAAAACAGCCUCAUUGUCAAAGCAGUAUGCGAUUACGCAGAUAGCCACAAGGACAAGGUGUGGCAAGAUUACGCUGCGGCGUCGGCCGCUGCUUGCUUGAAGUCGCUCUUGGCUGAGUUGAACCCUCCCAGGAAGGCUCGAGAGCAUGGAAACCCCGAAUCGCCGUUGUGGAGCAUGCCCUUCGAGAAAUCCAACCUGCCAGACUUGGUCGGGCGUGAUGACCUGCUGCAAAACGUUCAGUCCAAGAUGUUUCAGCCUGGUAAGCACUCAAGGAUCGCUUUGCUCGGACUGGGAGGUAUUGGAAAGAGUCGUGUGGCAAUGGAAGUCGCCUAUCGUAUGCGAGAAGCCCGUCCAAAAUGCUCUAUUUUUUGGGUUCAAGCAACUGACGCUCGAGCCUUCGACAAUGACUGCUUGAUGCUCGGGAAAUUGUUGAAUAUACCGGGUAUUGAGGAUAGUAAAUCUGAUCCAAAGGAUCUUGUUUGUGCACAUCUCAGCAAAAGCUUUGCGGGUGAAUGGUUGUUCAUCCUUGACAAUGCAGAUGACGCGAAGCUGUGGGGGGGAACAGGAACAAGCACUACGGCGACUGAGGCGACUUUCUCAUCUCUGGUCGAAUACUUACCCAGAAGCGAGACGGGUUCGAUCCUCAUAACAACCAGGAAUAGACGAGUGGCGUCACCAAUUGCUAAGGAAAAUGUCUUCAUGGUGUCCGACAUGGACACAAAAGAUGCUGAAACUGUGCUGAGGAAUCUGCUUGAGAAAGAAGAACUCCUCAACGACCGCAAGUCUACUGAAGAGUUGCUGGAGAUACUAACUUGUCUGCCCCUAGCCAUCGUUCAGGCAGCCGCAUACAUCAAUAAGAAUGAGGAGACAAUCAAGACGUAUGUACGACUACUGCAACAACCCGAGGAUGAUAUGAUUAGGCUUCUCAGCGAAGAUUUCAGUGACGAAGGACGAUACAAGACGUCACUAAACCCCGUCGCGACGACGUGGCUAGUAUCUUUCCAACAAAUACUCUACGAAAGCCCAGUUGCAGCAGAGUACCUGGAGAUGGCGUCUUGCCUCAGCGAGAAGAAUAUCCCGGGAUCUUUUUUUACGGCACCAUCAGAGAUAGACAAGAUUGAUGCUUUGGGUGUCCUCAAGGGAUAUUCCUUCUUCAGAGAGCACGAUGAGAGAAACAUCAAUGACUCUGUCGGUCUACUGUACGACAUGCACCGCCUCGUUCGACUUGCUACCCGCAACUGGCUGAAACGACGGAAAGAAAUGUCGACCUGCUUGAAGAGCGCCUUUCAGCGAAUGGUUUUCGUGUUUCCCGAGGUGACAUGGGAAACCAAAGACAUCUGGAUGCUCUACAUGCCACACGCACAAGUCUUAUGCGACUUUACUGAGGGUGAAGAUCUUUUUGAACGAUAUGUAUUGCUCCAAAAAAUGGCUUCUUGCUUGGGGUGGAAGGGGCAAGUCAAUGCCUCGAUUAAACUUUUGAAAGUGGUGGUAGAUUGGGCAGAAAACGCGUUGGAUGCUGAUGAUUAUUUCAAAUGGCAAACCAUCUGGGGUCUAGGGAUAUAUCUACUCGAUGUGGGGAGGGAAUCUGAAUCUGAACUUUAUAUUGAUCGAGCACUACAAUGGGGCAUUGAACAUCGGGGAAAGAAUGACGAAUUUACCCUUGGUUGCAUGGUGGGGGUAGGAGGCCACAAGGUACAGCAAGGAUUCUGGAAAGAGGCAGAGGCGCUUCUCCAGGAAGCGAUUGAAGUUGGCAAAAGGAUCACGGGACCGGAAAACGCGAAUGUCCAGCAAGCCAGACUGGACCUUGCAGAGAUCUAUAUGGGCACCGACCGACAGGAUGAAGCAGAAAGAAUAGCGACUGAGUUGCUCGAAAUCGAAAAGCGGCUGCGUGGUGAGCGAAACCAUCCAAAUAUACUCAACUUAAUGGCUUUUUUGAGCCGGAUCUACCGACUGCAGGGUCGGCAUGGGGAAGCUGAACAACUCAGUCUAGAAGUCGUUCGGAAGCUUGAGCAGUUCUGCGGGCCAACCAACGCACAUACGCUCAAGGCCCUCGUGGAACUUGCGUUGGCAUAUCUCUGUCGAGGGAAGCUGCAAGAAGCUGAGGAAGCUGCUCUACGCUCUCUUCAAGGGUGCAGAUUAUUACAGCAUGUAAAUUCAGGAUGGAUCAGAGAAUGCAUGAGUGGCUUGGCACAUAUUUUUUGGAGACAGGGUCGUCAUGAGGACGCUAUCAAGAUGAUGGACGAACGUGUCAAGAUAGACGAAGAACUAGAACAUACGCAUCAUCCUUGGGCUCAGUACUGUGUCCAGACAUUGCUUAAAUGGCGAAACUGGAUGCGGGAACGAGAUGCCAGGGAUGAUCCGUCUGGGUCGGUAACACACAGGUUGGAGGGUAGCAGAGAGGAGGGAAUGCUGCAGGGACCGUCAGAUGAACAAUCUGUGCGAGGCUUCGAAGAUCUCGACAUUUCUGAGCGGCAGCAGACACACAGGCAGACUCAGCGCCAUUCACAGAGGUCGCUUAAACGCCGGCUUUCCUCCAGAUCUCCAACAAGAAGCGGCCGGAGAAGGCAUAACCAUAAGUCAGGCAGUCCUGAUUAA